AUGUCACCAAGUCAUAUUCCCCCCAUCUCCACCUUGCCCCUGCGCCUGCCGUCGACGCCCUCGAUCUCGCCGCCGCCGCCCGUCGCCUUGCGCCCGGCCUCGACCUCGUCGGCCGUCGCGCCUGCGCCCUCCCUCGACCUCGUCGGCCCUCGCCCCCCUAUGCCUGCCAUCGACCUCGCCGGCCCUCGCCCCUGCGCCCGCCCUCAACCUCGCCCGCCCUCGACCUCGCCAACCCUUGCCCUUGCGCCCGCCCUCGACCUAGCCGCCUCCGCCCUCGACCUCGACGCCUUCGCCCUCUCCACCGCCCGAAACAUGUCUACCAACGCCGAAGUCGUGGGUGGUUCUGCUCGCCUCGAAGACCCCAUCUAG